GGUGGGGCGGGGCUCCGGGCAGGGCGGCGCCGGCAGCUCGGCCUGAGGUGCGGGCAGGAGGCCGAGGCCGGACGGGCCGCGCAGGAGCGGGUGCGGGCGCCUGGCAGGUUGCCCCCAAGAAGCCGAGGCUGGCCUUGUCCUGCUCGGCGACUUCUCCUGCCCCGGAGAGACCUCACCUUGUGUCCUGACUCAGCCUCCCCAGGCCCGGCGGGGCUCGUCCGCGGAGCCGCAGGCCUGCAGCCCGGCCCGACCCGCCGGCCUCGCCAUGGCGAAGCUGCUGCCGGCGCAGGAGGCGGCCAGGAUCUACCACACCAGCUACGUGCGGAACGCGCGCGCCGUGGGCGUGAUGUGGGGCACGCUCACCAUCUGCUUCUCCGUGCUGGUCAUGGCCCUCUUCAUCCAGCCCUACUGGAUCGGCGACAGCGUGAACACCCCGCAGGCCGGCUACUUCGGGCUCUUCUCCUACUGCGUGGGCAACGUGCUGUCCUCCGAGCUCGUCUGCAAAGGCGGCCCGCUCGACUUCUCCUCUGUCCCCUCCAGAGCCUUCAAGACCGCCAUGUUCUUCGUGGCCUUGGCCAUGUUCCUCAUCAUCGGCUCCAUCGUCUGCUUCAGCCUGUUCUUCGUGUGCAACUCGGCCACUGUGUACAAGAUCUGCGCGUGGAUGCAGCUGGCGGCAGCCGCAGGUCUAAUGAUUGGCUGCCUGGUCUACCCAGAUGGCUGGGACUCCAGCGAGGUGCGGCGCAUGUGUGGGGAGCAGACGGGCAAGUACACGCUGGGCCACUGCUCCAUCCGCUGGGCCUUCAUGCUGGCCAUGCUCAGCAUUGGCGACGCCCUCAUCCUCUCCUUCGUGGCUUUCGUGCUGGGCUACCGGCAGGACAAGCUCCUCCCUGAUGACUACAAGGCAGAUGGAAAAGAGGAAGUCUGAAGCAGCUGGAGGGUCGAUCAUCUAUUUCCCAGACAAUGGAAAAUAAAGGAAUCUAAUUCUUCAGAAAUAAAAAGUUCUUUCCUGGGCCAGGGAUUUAGCUCAGUGGUUCCAGGGCCUGCCUCGCAAGUGCAAGGUCCCGAGUUCGAUCUCCAGUACCAGAAAAAAAAAAAAUUCUUUCCUUCCAACUUUCUUAUCCCUGGCUACCACAGACUCAAAGCCUUUCACCACAGGAUCAGAGCACAAGCCUCCUGAGACAAGGCCUCUUGCUGCUUGCAGAGAAAACUUCAGGUGCAGAACUGCAGCGAUUCAGACUGAGCAGCAUGGGGGCGCCCACUGAGCAUGGGAGAACUGCACUCUCACAGGGCCACCCCAUGUCACCUAUGGGGGCCUCUGGGCCCUCGGACAGCUUUGCUAAUGGAGACACUCACUUGACUGGAGACACCAACCACUCAAACAGGGCUACUGAAGAGGCGGCUGGAAGUGCGCUGGAUCAUUCCAGGCUGAGGGUUAGGGGGUCCUUUGCUUCUCCCUUUUUUCUUACUGCUGUUCAGAGAGGGGUAAGGAGAGAUCACCAGAAUUUGAAUCCUUUAACAUCCAUCAGGUAGUCUAUUAAAGAUUAGGUAAACACAGGCUCUAAAAAUUCCAGGGGCCUGGGGUAUAUAGCUCAGUGGUACAGUUCUUGCCAAGUAUGGGUGAGGCCCUGGAUUCCAUCCUAGCACCAUAAACAGUUUCCGGUAACAACAAAAACCUGAGGGCAGGGGAUUUAGCUCAGUGGUUUUGCCGCCUGCUGCGUAAACACAAGGAAGAGUUCGAUCCCUGGUACCCAAAAAAACAAAACAAAACAAAACCCAAACAAACCUCUUGAGACUAAUUUGAGACACCCAUCCCAAGGAACAACAAAAACCAUGGUUCAUCCUAGUGUCCAUCCUAACUAACCUAACCAGAACUGUUACCAGAUUCAGAAAUCUGUUACUUAUAUCCCAGUCAUUUGUUAUAAGAAUACAGUAAAUUUUUUUUGAGACAGGGUCUCACUACAUAGUUCAGGCUGGCCUUGAACUUGUGGCAAUCUUCCUGCCUCAGCCUCCCUAGUGCUGGGAUUACAGGCGCUUGCCACCACACCUGGCCUAGAUGUCAUUUCUUGACACAAACUUUGGAUAUGGCACACUACCUGCCAGCCUCAGUGUAGGUCACACCUCACUGCAGUAAGUGCCCUGCCUCAGGGUGUGCGCAAAUGAUGUUGUUGACCACCUGCAGUGAAUGGGCCUGAAGAGUGGAUCCAGCCUUUGUCCAUUUCCCAAGCCACUUGGAACUAAUGAAUCUUGCUGCUUCAUCCAGUGAUGUGGGGCAUUUUCUCAUCCUUGGCUGUCAUACAUUUAAUGCAUCUUAACAGCUGACCGUGUUGUCCCUUGCUCAGUUCACGUGGGCUAGGAACAAACAUCCCAUGCUGUCCCAGUGAAACAGUUGGCGAUGAGAACUAUUAUCGUGGAAUCCGACUGUCACUUGGUCCCUAGCAGCUGGUCUUGGUUUACAAGACCAAAUUUUUCUUUUUUUUUUUGGUACCGGGGAUAGAACUCGGGUCCUUGCGCUUGCGCAGCAGGUGGCGAAACCACUGAGCUAAAUCCCCGGCCCCCAAAUUUUUCUUUUGCUGAAAAUUUAAUUCACAAGCAUUUCUUUUAUGCAAGCUUGAGAAACAACAGAAUUCGACAAAUUCUGUAGCUUCCUGACCUUUCCAGCCAUGCAAGAAGUUUCUAAGUCUCUCCACCCUCAAACUGCUCCUCCCUGACAUGGUAACUAUGGUAACUAUGGUGGUCCACAGAAGGGCCGGGUUGUGGUGCAUCUGGGACCACCCACUCCUUACUCCACCAGAACAGCGAAUUCCACUGAGGCCAGAGCAGUUUAACCAGUGGCCAGUGCUGGGAAGGAAGCCUAUCACCUUUUGCUUUAUCUUCAAGGAAACUAAAUUCAACCCCAUUAAUAACAGUGAUUUUGGUUCAGGUAUCCUAUCAGCUCUCUUUUCAAGUGGGUUUACCUGUAAAUGAAUUUAAAAAAAAAUUAAGGCACCUCGAAUCUCAUUACCUUUGAAAGCAUAUAGAAAAAGUCAAUGAAAUUGGCAUCUUCUUACCAAGCUGUUUCUUUCCUCACUCUGGCUUACCUGGCUGCCUGGGGCUGGGGCCAGGAGAAGGCAGGUUGGUUCAAAAAGACUAGUCAUUUGCAGCUCAAGUGGGAACAGAGAGGAAAUCCUAAAUACUUGCAUUGUAUUACAGCCCCAGGUUCGUUACCUAGUGCUCUCUGACAAAUUGUUACAGAACUCAGUGGCUUAACACACUUACCCCACAAUUUCUGUGGGUGAGGAAUUCCGGCAAGGCUUAGCUAAGUAUCUUAGCUUCGUGGCUUUUCAUAAGGCUGUUAUUAUGCUGGGUCCAAUCCCAAACUCCCUGGUUGUUUGCAUGCUUAUUUCUUGGGUUGUUGGGACUUAGACCCUCGGUCCCUUGUUGGCUGGCUGCCCCUCUGAGGCCACUCACGUGGCAGCUAGCUUCCUUAAAACAAAGGUUCCAAAAGAGAAACAGCCAGGUGCCAGGUGUGUGGCACAGGCCUGAAAUUUGGAAGCCUGAGGUGGCAGGAUUGCUGUGAGUUCAAGGCCAGGUUGAACCAUAGGAGCAAUACCCUGUCUCAAAACAAAAACAAAAAUAAGGAAGGAGGGAGGGAACAAAAAGCCACAGCCCCUUGGUUUUAGAAAUGCUAUCCCAUUUUGAGCUUACUUUGUUAGGACAGUCAAAAUGCACAGCCCAUACCCAGGUAUGCAAAUUACACAAGGACAUGAAAGCCUGGAGGUGGGAAUCACUAGGGCCCUUUUAAUGGCUGUUUUUCAGUUAUUCAGCCAAUUUCUGCUGAAAUGAGCAUUUAUCAGAAUGGCUUAUUGGCCCAAAGGUUAUCUAGGAGGCCUACAGGCUGAUGGAGCCAUGUCUGUUCUGUGGUAAACUGGUUAUAAAAGUGGAAGAGCUUCAAUUCUUCACGCUCACCUCCACUGCUAGUGGGACCCACUGUAUUUCCAACAUCAACCACUGUAUCUAGUCAAUCCGAAGCAAGCAGGGCACAUUGUCUUACUGGUGCAACUAUGAAGAACAGUGCUUCUGUAAAUAGUCCAGUUCUGCCAUUUAGAGCAUAAGGCUGUUCUGUAUUAAAAGGGGCAAAAACUAGAUCUGAAUUAAGGACAAAGGAGAAUAUCAUUAAAAGCCAACAUGGCAGGCUACACAAAUCAAACUGGACAUCUACAUGCAGUAUUAGAAACUCUUCUCACACAAAAUGGUGGGCCAGGGACAUAGCUCAGUGGCAGCACGCCUGCUCCACAAGUUUAAGGUCCCCAGUUCGAUCCCUGGUACAGGGGUAAGGGGAUGGGGGAGUCUAUAAACAGACUUAGACACUAAGGUAAACUUAAUUCCUUGGCUAAAAUUUCUGAACAUUUAACAUAAUCUCAAAAUUCCUAAUUUCAGUUUUUGGUACCAGGGAUCAAACUUGGGACCUUGCGCUUGUGAGGCAGGUGGUGGAACCACUGAGCUAAGUCCCCAGCUCCUAGAUUUUAAAUUGGGAUAUACAGGUUAAUAUUCCUGCAAGGACAUAAAGAUAAGUGCCUAUCAUGCAUGGAGUUGAUUCCAUCUUUUAAAAACUUUAGUGACAAAAAAAUAAACUUCCUUUUCAAUAGACUUCAAGGUUUAUAGCUAUCUUUCUCUAUUAAUAUCUUGGUCGGGGAUUUAGCUCAGUGGCUGUGGCGCCUGCCUUGCAAGUGCAAAGUCCCGAGUUCGAUCCCCAGAACCAAAAAAAAAAAAAUCUUGAAGAUUGUGAAAGAGCAGUUGCCAGUGCUCUUGCCAACUAUCAAGGCACUGAGUAUACAACUUCUCUAUCACAAGGGCCUAUUUUUAUUUUGGUACCGGGGAUCGAACUCCGGUCCUUGCUCAUAUGCAACAGGCGGCAAAACCACUGAGCUAAAUCCCCAGCCCAUGAGGGCCUAUUUUUUAAAAAAGUAAAUAAAAGUUCACGUUCUGUUAUCAGUAAGCCGUCAAUUUAGCACUUUCCCCAUAUGCUCUGGAGCAGCUAGGUGGUUUCCUUGUGGACACCUGAUUUCCUGGUUCUUCUGAGGCAGCUACAAGCUUUCUUUCAACAGCACUAAAGGUUUCCUCAGACCCUGGGAGUCCUAGGUUCAUACAGAGUUUAGAGACACCACCUUAAUUUGUCAGUCUGGUAAAGACUAAGGACAAUCUCAAUAGGUUCUGUUCUGGCCAACACUCUGCAUGUCUCAAGACUGCAAAAUUAAAACAAAUUAACCAGAACAGUUUAUGUAGUUCAGGGUUAGGUGGGAAAGCACUUUUUUUUUUUAAAGCACUAUGAAAAUGCUAAAAGUACCACAAAUAAAAAUGAA